GGUACUUAAGUUAAGCACCUAUGAGCUAACAGUUUUGUAGAAACAUAGCUGAGAAGCAUCAGGCAGUGGCGCAGACGGCCUGCGGCGGGUCCCCGACAGGGAGUUGGGAAGCUGCUGGAGGGCUGCGCUGGGGGGCUUGUCGCGGGGGCUUCCGGGACUUUCACACCUGGCUAGACCCAGGAGCUGCGAUCGUGAGGCAUGGAGAUACAAAAGAAACAACCACAAAAUUAGCAUCCUUCUGGGGAAGCUCCUGUAAGAAAGUAUUUAGGCACUCACGGAAUAAGAGAGUGAUACUCUGCCAGGAUGGAAGUGUGUCCUUACUGUAAGAAGCCAUUUAAACGAUUAAAAUCCCACUUGCCACACUGUAAGAUGAUAAGGCCGACUGUACCUGCUGAUCACAAAGCUUGUCAGUCCAAGCUAGCUACACGCCCACAUGCUACAAGGAAAAGACCAAUCACAGAUUUAAAUAACACUAAAGAGAGAGAGUUAGAGACCAGGAGUGAGAAGAGAAAUACCAAGUUGGUAAAGGACAAACCAGAACGGACAGUGAAGUCUUUUCCACUACCGGCCAUUGGUUUAGAAAGAGCAAGUAACACAAAGGCAGAUGAAUACCUCAAGAAUCGAGUUCGGUGCUCCCUCAAAAUGCUAAAAGAUACUGAACCAAAGGUUGCUUUCCAGAGAGAAACCAAGGCUCAGUUUUAUGCAUCAGAAAAUACCACUCCUAACAAAGAACUUCCCAAAGAUUUGCCUCCAUCAGGGGAGAGUAGAAGUAAGCUUUCAGAAAUCAAAGCAUCUUUACCUCUUGGCCCAGUAGAACCUUCUUCAUCAAAUCAAGAUGGAAAACCUUCAGCCUUACCCAGUGAUGUACAGACCACUUCUCCUGAUUUAAGAUUGGACAAAAUUGAUCCCCCAAGACAGAAGCUUCUAGUAAAGUUAGUAGGUACAGCUAAUGGUGAUUAUCGUAGUUCUCCCAUGAAUCUCCAUCAUGGGAUUGAAAGAGUAAGAACGUCCUUGUCAAGCAGUGAGACAGAGUCCAAGGCCAGGGACCACCUCUCAGAAGUCUCUAGUGAUGUUAGAGACCCUGAGAUUCAAGAAAAGAGAAUGGAAUCACAAUUUUUAAAUUUUAAAGUUAGCCCGUUAGGUGAAAUCCACGUCAGGGAGAACCAAGGAGAAGGACUUGACCUUGGAGUAGAGGCACGUGGGAGCACCGGAAAUGCAGAGAAAAGUGUAUCUGUGAUAGACACACAGGAACGGGCAAAGAACUUCAGUGGUGGUGAUUCGGCCACAGAGAAGAAAUGUCGAGACGAAGGUCCCGAUUUAAAUUCGUUCACUCCAAGGGAGGCGACUUGCGGUGAGCUACUUUCUGUAUCACAGUCGUAUAAUCAAAAUCUGGCCUCUCUGGCUGUCCGAUUUUUUCAAGAAGAGAAAGCAGCAGCCUGCAGUCCUCACCGAGUCCCUGAUGUGAAGGUGUUCACAGAGCGUAGUGAGCGGGCUCCUCUGCCGCACGGACCGGGCUGUGGGCCCCAGGCGUCACGACCUGGGUGCCAGCAGCCUUCACAUUCAGUCCUGCUCCGCGCCUCUGACAGCCCCUUCAGUCAGGUGGGCGUGGCUGGCAGGAAGGGCCUCUCAAGCUCCCUGGGCCUGGAGUGGUUUCCAGAGCUCUAUCCUGGUUAUCUUGGACUGGGGGUGUUGCCAGGGAAGCCCCAGUAUUGGAAUGCAGUGGCCCAGAAGCCUCAGCUCAUCGGUCCCCAGGGGGAGAGACUCUCACAAGUUCCUUUGUUGGAAAGAAGCUCGACUGCUCUCAGGAGUUUGGGACCCCCGACCAGACUUACGCCCUCCAGCUUGUCUCUGAUGAGGCUCUUGGGAGCUGUCCAGAAAGGCUGGGUCAGGUGCAGCACCACCGUGAGGAGUGGAGUUGGGGGCGUCACCAUGCUCUUCACGGGGUACUUCGUCCUCUGGUGCAGCUGGAGUUUCAGGCAUCUGAAGCUGCAGCGCUGGCGUAAGUAGUGACCCGGACACCACGUAAGAAAGCUCUGAGACUCGGGGAGCACGGCGAAGACCACUGCGGUGCGGAUCGAGCGGUUUAGACUGGUAUUUGGGGCAGGGAGAGGGCGUGAAAAGAAUAAAGUUACUGGAUUCUGAAACCAUGA